CGAGCUCCUGCCUCCCGCACUUUCGAUUCAGCUUGCAGCCGUUUCUGUCGCUCCGGUCACCCGGGGGACUCUGCUGGAGGUGGGGGCCAGUGGCCCCUGGAGCCACCCUGCCCUAGGUCCCUCCUCCCCAAAGACGCACUCCAGAAAUCUUGCCCACAGCUGAGAGGACCCUAGGAUCUCAGACCUGAACCAGAGCUAGAGAAGCAGCUGGUGGCCCUCAUCCCCUAUGGGGACCAAAGGCUGAAGCCCAGGCACACGGAUGGAAAACCAGCUGCUCCCUGUUCUGGGAUGCUUUAGAACCUCAGAGGCAGCCCUGAGUUUCACUGGGGGACCUGUGACCCUGUUUGUCAUCUGGGUCCCUUUGACAUGGAUCCCCACAAUCUCCUCCUAGGGUCCUCAACUUCCGUCUGGGAGUCACCACCCAGCCCUCCCCCACCACUGCACCAGAAUCCAAAUCUGGCAAUGCCCCUUAUUUAAGAUGCUAACAAGGUGCUGUCUCUUUAAUGCAUAUCUCAGUUUUGAAUUAGGUGGACAGAUGAUGUCCUGUUCUGAAUAUGCAUAUUAAAAUUCAGAGCUCUCAAAAUUCAUGUAGACUUACUUGUUCCAGUGAUAGGAGCUAGCAUUAGUUAAGCCUUUGCUACGUGCCAGGACCAGGGAUUAGUGCCUUAGCCCGUAACAGAUCGUAUGAGGUAGGUACAGUUAUUUCCAUUUUAUAGACAAGGAAACUGAGGCUUAGGGAGGUUAAGUAGGUUGUUCAGAGUUACUGGGCCAGUGGGUACAGAGAGCUGGGAAUGGAAGCCAGGCUCUGGCUUCUCAAUCCUGUGCUCCUCCACCACUCUGGGCCACAUCUGAGCCUAUGCUGGUCCUCCACAUCUGGGGAGCUAAAUGUACAGUUGUGAGGGGGAACCUGGAGGAGGGCCUUGUAUAGAGAGAGAGAGAAGAGUGUCUGAACCCUCCUGGCCCAGGUUUCCUUGGAGUCCAGACUUCUCCACUCCUCUAUCCCGGGUCCUGCUUUCCCAUAGGAAGCUCUCCGUGUUCCUGGCAGUGUUCGUCUGCCUGGUGACCUCCUCCCUCAUCGUCUUUUUCCUGUUUCCCCGGACUAUCGCCGUGCAGCCUGGGGGCCUCAAUUCCUCCACAGUGGUCAUUGACGAGUCGGACAUCCAUCUCAACAUAACGAAUAUCUUGAACAUCUCCAAUAACAACUACUACCCCAUCACUGUGACCCAGCUGACCAUCGAGGUUCUGCACCUGUCCCUCGUGGUGGGGCAGGUCUCUGACAGCCUCCUCCUCCACAUCGGCCCUUUAGCCAGUGAACAGAUGUUUUAUGCAGUAGCCAACAGGAUAUGGGAUGAAAACACAUACAAGAUCUGUACCUGGCUGAAAAUCAAAGUCCACCACGUGCUUUUGCACAUCCAGGGCACCCUGACCUGCUCCUACCUGAGCCAUUCAGAGCAGCUGGUUUUCCAGAGCUAUGAAUACGUGGACUGCCGGGGAAACACAUCGGGGCCACACUUGCUGGUCCCUCACCCGCCAUGACCUGUCUGCUGUCCUCCAGCUCCAGGCACCCGCCUGGUCUACAUCUCCCAUGACAGUCUAUGGUGCCCAGUAGGGCUCUGGCGACUUUGCCAAAGGAAAAGCCCUGCUUUGUCAUACCCUCCCCACCCAUACACCCUCAGCACACCCUCUAAUUUCUACAGGAACAGAAGCCUGGUUCUUCUAUAGGCUGGCACCAGAUUUUCCCCUUGAUCUGUCUGGAGGAAAGUCUGACCUGACAUUUCCCCAGAGCUGCCUUAGAGUCACGGACUGGCACCCACCCUUUCUAUGCUGAGCACCUUGGUUGCCCAGCUCCUCCAGGGCUGGCCUUCCUCCUGCCUGAAUGUGGAGAAAGCUUUCAUUUUAUCUGGCUUUGAAUAUAUGGGUCCUUUUCAGGUUCUCCACCCAGUGAUGGGAAAGUGACUUGUGGGACAGCCAGGGCUGUCCCCGGGGCCCUUGAGGGAACCAUAGAUAAUCUGUAUGCCUCCCUGCUUUGGUCAUGUGACAAAGUGAUGAUGAUGCCUGACUUCUCUUCUGGUAACUUGUCCCCACCCAUCUGACAGCAAGAUUGGCCAAGGCCCUUUGGCAUCCUUCCUGGUUAAAGACUGUCUGGCUUCCUAGGAAGUCAGAGCUGUUCUCCAGCUAAAGCUCGUCUCCAUAAAAGUUGUAUUAUUCUCUUCACAGCAGGAACCAAAGUGGAAGGGAAGGGGCAGGGGACACCUGGCACUCCCAGGAAAAACCGAGACAAAGCCAGAGUUAUUUUAAAAGGUAUUUAUUGAAGGAAACCACAACCCUGAACCAUAUGAGUGGACACAGGCAGGUCAAAUGGUGGGUCCAGCUGCACUCCUGCUGAAAGCCUGCAGAGCUGAACUGCUGGGCUCUGCUGCACCCACCACUUAGCACCAGGGCCCACCCUCUCCUCCCAGAGGCCUCUGCUUUGACAUUGACAGUAUGGAGCUGCCUAUCAACAGGGACUGGUCUGGACCCUCUCCUCUUUGCUGUCACUCAGAUGCAGCUAAGCCCCAGGUAACCCCCAGGUUCCCACAGGCUCCUGCUCUUGAUCUGAACGAGAAUGGUAUUUGCUUACUCAAGAUGGCUCUGGUUUCUAUCACUCAGACAGGCAGAGAGAUGAGCUUAGGUGGUGGGGAAGCUGAAUUUGAAGUAGGAUGGAUGGAGAGGGUGAAGUGGUGACAGAACCUAGUGACUAGCUGGCUGGGGGGACAAGGGGAAGGGAGUUUGUCCUGUCUGCAGGCUCUCAUGCCUGGGUAACUGGGGUCAAGGUGGUGCUGGCAAGAGCACAGAAGUCCACGAAGUCCAGGCUGGAGCUUCUGCUGUGUGCAGUUCACCAAAUGUAAGGGAUUUAUAUUGUAUUUAAUAAACUAAACAGUAUUAAAAAAAAAAAAAAA